CUUAGCACAAUUGCCUGUGAAUAAUUCGGCCCCAGCACUAAUUAAUCUUCUCUUAACACGUUCUGCAAAAUCACUGUCUUCUGAGCCUCGUGCACAUGUUCAAACCCUGCUCAACCCUUUUCAACUUGCGAUGCUCUCAAAGUACGAUUCCAGUUUUCAUAGACUCCUUACUGCGAUUUUCUCUCGUUCCAUGAAAUUUCCCACUGAUGUCCCGGGGUUAUUUACAUUGGGCGAGAUUCGACUUGACGUUGCGGCAUGGAGAAGUGUGCUCUUGCAUAGUAAUUUUCCCUCGCAGUGUGUCCUUGAACAAGUCAUGUUUCGCAAAGCUUCCAAAAGAGAACAGCAUGAAUUUAUUGUACUGUAUUUUCGUCAUUGGGACGCCUCAGUGUCUGCGACCGCCCAUGUGGUCGUAGACCGUACUCCAAAGUCAUACUCGAAUGACAGUGGCUCCUCCACACCUACUACACAAAGUUCGUCAGGCAUCGCUUCCCCUUCAGCUUUACAAACUCCCGCCCUUGAUUCCGUUUCCACUAGCCCAGACACAGGUACUAGCCCUCACAAGUACCUAAAAUCAAGAUACGGCCAAUACAAACGUCUUUGCACCCUCACAUUCUCUGCAACAUCCGCACGCCCCUCGGCAACUCAGAUAUCGGUUCUUUUAUCUGUUAUAAGCACCCAUGCACCCAACUACCACCUGUAUCAAUUUCAAUGCUACUGGUUCGCCAGUACUAUCUGGGAGGCCAUAAAACAGCUCUUCCCUGGCUAUCUCGAGUCAACCUGCAAGGGAUCCGCUCUCCCUGCUAUGAUUUUAAGGUGGAUAAGGCAGACAGUGUGAAGGUCGUGUGCGAGGAGUACGCCAACGAGUGGAGGCGCCUCGAAAAUGAACCAGAGCUGAAGAGGCAAGCAGAACAUGCCAGAACACAACAGACCUGGAUGGAUGGUUUCGCUCAUGAUCUGGCUCAGCGCGAGGCAGAAAUUGACCGCUUGCUAGUGGAAAAUGCCCAAUUACGAAGUAGUUUGGGGUG